AUGGAGAGGAGCCUGCUCUGUGUGCUGGGCUUGUCAGCCCUCACAGUCGGUGUGCUGGAUGAAGUGGGCACGAAGCAGCUGGGCUUGGAUGGCGUUAUCCAGCAAGAAUCCAAAAAAGUGCAGGUUCAGGACAUCCAGAGCCUUCCCCUUCACUACUGGCUCCUGGUCCUCACCAUCAUGUUCUUGCACAAUGGAGGGUUCCCCUUCGUGGCCGAUGCUAGCAAGUUUAUCCAGGAUAAAUAUCCUAGUUACAGUCAGCAGGCAGCGGCUGACAUUGCUGGGGCAGUGCACAACACCCUCAUCCUCUCCCCAGCAGAUGGCAUUUCAGUUGACUAGGCUGUACUGAGAGGUGUCUUUGCUGCUGGCUCCACCCUGACUCUGCCUAUCUUUGCUCUCCUGACCUUCUCGCUUGUGCCUCCGCUGGCCUCCCCGGUCUGCCUGGGGAUCACUUACUCCUUGGCUGCCGUUAGUAGGUGGCCAUCUUAUACCCCUUGUGCUCUCCCAAGAGACUUAGGGACAGAUGGGGCUGGCAACUUCUGUGCAGAUGGUCGGAGUUGGCCUUUCAAAUCUGAUUGUUGGACGCAUUCUGGGAACAAGGCCCAGUGAACUAAAGAUCCCCCUGAGGCGCUGGCAACAGAUGCUGAUCUUUAUGUUGGCAAACACUGUCGCCUGCAUUGUUGCCUCCAUUAGCCUCAAUGUUGUGGACAAGAAACAGGAUGGGAUGCUGAACAGAACCGGAAAGGGAGCACCCGUGGGGCAGGACAGAGACCCACAGAUGCAGCACAGCUCCAGCACAGCUCCUUGAGCAUGAAACGAGAACAGAGGGCUCUGUCAGCUAAACUUUAGCAGGGGAGAACCAUGGCCCUGCCAGACACAGCACUGGUCACUUCUGCUUGAAAGCAGAUUUUAGCCUGUGUAUUUAAAGGGAAUCCUGAAGGGAGUUGUCUACAAAAAGGGAGUGUUUCCACUUUCUUAUGCCUGGCACAUCAGUGGAAGGGAUGUGCUCUGUGGUUCUUGGGCAUUCUUCAACACCCUCCCACCUGCAAGGAUCCCCUGAAGCUCACCCAGCCAACCUUGUUCGUGAGCCAUUAGACAGAUGUUGCAGCACAGCUGCCUGCAGAGGUGUGCCUGCCUGCUCUGCCACAAGAAUCCUGCACAGCAGCACCUGCUAACCCAUACAGGGUUAGCCUGAUGUUUCACUCCCCGCUCUAGAUGAGCCUCUUUCACAAAUCACAUGCCUGUGCAAGUGACGCCAUCGUUAUUCUUUAGGCAGGAGCCUGAAUUAAUCAAACUGAUGACCUUUGGCACACAAGCCUAGCUUAAUUGCUUAUUACUUUACUAGAAAUGCUUCUGUAAGCUGUGCCUAUUCAUUGCCCUUCAAAAGCAUGAAGGGUUUUGAUAUGGAA